AUGAGCAUGACAGAAUUCAUUGAUCUUCCUAAAGUCUACACUAAAGACAAGAUGCCGGUCAACCAUGACCAUAUCCCAACUAAGAAGGAAAUAUCAAGAUGGCCCCAUUUAUCGCAUGUAACACUUACAGAUGUUAAUGCUGAGAUUGGCCUCCUCUUAGGUAGCAAUGUUCCAGAUGCUUUCGCUCCAUAUGAUGUGGUAACUGGGCCUAGCGGUUCCCCUCACGCUACUAAGACGCGGUUAGGAUGGAUCGUAUGGAACGUACUCAGGGAUGGAGAAACUAGAACAUGUGAUGUGAACAGAGUGACAAUUGAACAGUAUUGUGAAUGUGACAAGAAACUAGAAGAAUUAGUUAAGGCAUCAAUAAACUCUGAUUUUCCAGAACGUGCGAUAGAAGACAAAAGAGAACGUUCAGUGGAAGAUAAGAAGUUUCUGAGUCAGGUAGAAGGGUCUAUCAGUCAAGAAAAUAGUCAUUAUUCCAUAGGACUACCAUUCAGAGAGAAUUCUGUGAAUCUACCAAAUAAUAUGAUUCAAGGACAGCAACGACUUGAAAGUUUGAAGAAGAAGAUGUUGAAAAAUCCCCAAUUUAGAAAUGAUUAUAUCAGCUUUAUGAACAAACUGUUUGAAAAGGGUUUCGCAGAAGCAGUUCCUGAGAUGCAGCUAAAGAGGGAUGACGGGCGAGUAUGCCUCUUGGGUGUACUUUUGAGAUUUCGACAGGAACGUAUCGCAGUACAAGGUGACAUAGAGGCCAUGUUCCAUCAAGUUAUCGUACCAGAGAAGGAUAGAGAUUGCAUGCGAUUCCUUUGGUGGAAAGAUGGAAAUCUGGACGCUGAACCUAAUCAUUACAGGAUGAGAGUGCACAUUUUUGGGGCUACGUCUUCACCGGCAUGCUGUAAUUAUGCAUUGCAAAAGACCGUCAAAGAAUAUGGCAAAGAAUAUGAUCAAUGUGUACAAAAUGUCAUAAUCAGAAACAUGUAUGUUGACGACUGCUUAGCAUCAGUUGACACUGAAGAGGAAGCCAUAUCUCUUAUUAAGGACUUGAUAGACCUCUGUAAAAAGGGAGGAUUUCGUUUAACAAAGUGGAUUAGUAACUGUGCAGAGGUUUUAAAGUCAGUUCCAGAAGAUGAUAGAGCUGAUGACAUCAAGAAGUUGAGUCUAAAUGGUGAAACAUUGAUAGAGCGUGCCCUGGGGGUGUAUUGGUUUGUUGAGAGUGAUUCCUUGGGAUUUCAACUAGGAAUAAAGGACCAACCAACGACAAGACGAGGAAUUCUAUCUGUGACGAGUUCAAUAUACCAUCCUCUCGGCAUUGCAUCACCAUUUGUUAUGACGGCUAAAUCUUUGCUGCAACAGCUGUGUAGAAAUGGCAUAGGAUGGGACGAGAAAAUUGAUGAAACUGUGUUGAGAAACUGGAACAGCUGGCUUACACAAGUAAAACAAUUAGAAGAUGUAAGGAUUGAAAGAUGUUACAAACCAAAGAAUUUUGGACACUUGGCGUCGUACCAGUUACAUUGUUUUGCAGACGCGAGUGAACUUGGUAUGGGAGUUGUCAUAUAUCUGCGAAUUACUGAUGAGAAUAAGGUAGUACAUUGUUCAUUUGUGAUGGGAAAAUCAAGAGUCACACCACUUAAGUCGAUGACAAUCCCUAGAAUGGAGCUUGCAGCUGCUACUCUAGCUGUGAAGUUAAGCAAAUUAGUUGAUGACCAACUAGACUAUCCUAUAGAAAAGAUACACUUCUGGACUGACAGUAUGUCAGUGCUUCGUUAUAUAGCUAACACAAAGACUCGAUUCCAAACCUUUGUUGCAAACAGGCUUGCCAUCAUUCAUGCCGCUACAAACUUUGACCAAUGGCAUUAUGUCAACACAAAAGAGAACCCAGCCGACUGUGCAUCUAAAGGGGUUUCGUCAGUUGUUAAAUUUAUCGAUAAUCAGCACUGGAAAAGAAUGAAAGUUGCUGUUGGAUGGUUCCUGACAGCCAAGAAUAACCUGCGGAAAACAGUCAUUCAGAAGAGAAAAAGACAUGAGAAAAUGAUGAACUCUGGGAUUCCUGAAGAAAAGAUCAAGCAGAAUGAAAACAUGAGGAGUGAAGAUAGAUUAAAGAAGCCUAGAUUAGUAAAGAACAUUCCAUACCUCAAUGCUGACAUCCUUGAUAGAGCAGAAAGAGAACUUAUUGCAUAUUAG